CCGACUCUUAGCGACCCCAUGGACUGCAGCCUACCAGGCUGCUCUGUCCAUAGGAUUUUCCAGGCAAGAGUACUGGAGUGGGUUGCCAUUGCCUUCUCCGAAAGAACCACCUUAGAAAACCUUAAAAAGGUCUGCUUAGGUACUGAAGCCAGCGGAACUUUAAGAGCCGGGCUGACGCGGAAGGGAAUCCGGACGGAAGGCAGCCCUCCCAAACCACAGCGGGUUUAAGACUUCCGCCCCGCAGAGAACUUGCCAGCACGCUCACCCUCCACGUCCGCCCAGCUCUAGUUCUGCGCAGUCUCCUGGCAUGAUUUGCCGUCUCUAUGGCAACCCGGUAGCUGGCGUUGGAAGAUGGAGACCUCUGAGUCUACUGACAGAUCGCAGUCGCGGUGAGAGCCACAGCUCUGGCUGUGGGUGGAAGGGGACAAGGAAAGUUAACAGACUUUGCUGCGCUUCUGACAGCUUUGUCGCUUUCACUUUUUUUUUUUUUUCCAGAUCUUUAGACUUACAGCCCAGCUCGGACGGACUAGGGUCCAGUUCCGAUCGCUUUUCUUCUUGGCAUGGCCGUCAGAGAUCGGCCCUGGUAGCUGCAUCCGCCGCGGCUUCAGCAGCUGCUACAGCCGCCUCCACUGCCAGAGCAGCUGCAUUAUCGACCAAGAGCCCAGCCCCCUACUCUCAUGGGAACCUGCUCGCGGAGCCCUCCUCUGACAGUCAGACAGAGCGCUACACUGCACCCAGAUUUACCUACAAGACAAGCCGUGGGAGACUCGGUUUUCAGCCUGUCGGUGUUUCCCGUAUUGCUCGGAAUCCGUAUACUACAAAUGACCUUAGCUCUAGCCGUGGCCCUAUUCCUGGCUCCAGUUCUGGCCCUGUUCCUGGCUCCAGCUCUGGCCCUGUUCCUGGCUCCAGCUCUAGCCCUGGUCCUGACUCCAGCUCUGACCCUGGACCUAGCUCCAGUUCUGGUCCUGGUGGUACCCCUGGUGGUGGCUCUGGUCAGGGUCCUGGUGGUGGCUCUGGUCAAGGCACUGAUCUUGGUCCUGCUGUUGAUUCCAGGCACAGACCAGGCCAUGGGCAUGGCCCUGGGUUCAACUUCUCUGCUCCUGUAGGCUACAGAAACCCCAGGGGAGAUCUUAUCCCUAAUUAUACCGGCUGCAAACACCACUGUCACUGGGAGCCGCAGAAACAAUCCUGGAAAUUUUUGAAAGUCUCAGAACCUGGUGCCCGAGGGCUGUGGAAGCCCCCCGAAGUUGAAGGGAAGAGUACAGUUCUCAGUGAAACACUGCCACGGGGCCAGUGCCUUCUCUACAACUGGGAGGAGGAGAGAGCCACCAACUACCUGGAUCAAGUCCCAGUCAUGCAGGAUGGCUCUGAGAGUUUCUUUUUCCGACACGGACACCGGGGACUGCUGACCCUGCAGCCACAGUCACCUAUGUGCUCCUGCACCACCCAGAAAGACUCAUACCAGCCCCCAACAAGCCACUCUCAGCCAAUUCGAGGGAAGCGUGAAGCCAUACUGGAGAUGCUCUUGCGCCAACAAAUCUGUAAAGAGGUGCAGGCAGAGCAGGAACCCACAAGGAAGGAGCCUGAGGUCGAGUCUGUGACACACCACGACUACAAGAAGGAGCUGGUGCGGGCAGGGCCUCCUGCGCCGACAAAGCUCCACGACUACCGGACAGAGCAGCCUGAAACCUUCUGGCUGGAGAGGGCACCACAGCUUCCGGUGUGUGAGGGUGACCGGGUGCUGGGUGCGGGUGAGAGGAGGGAAGGGGGCUGUUCUGUCCCGGCGUGGUGCAGAGCGGGCCCCGUCCUCAUUCUGGCACCCCUCCAGGGUGUCAGUAACAUCAGGACCCUAGACACGCCGUUCCGGAAGAACUGCAGUUUCUCAACGCCCGUGCCUCUGUCGCUGGGGCAGCCGUUGCCCUUUGAACCUGAGAGUUAUUCCCACCAGGGAGAAAUAUCUUCCCUUGCCUGUCAGGGAGGGGGGCAGGGUGGUGGAGGGGGUUGAACUACUUCUGUCUAAGGGCUGAGGAGGCAGGUAGCUGUGGAAUAUGGAAUCUCCUUCUCUCUGUGCUGGAGAGGUGGGGAGGAAGUGAAUUUGGUCUGUACUUGGUGACAGGGUUUUACAUAAAAAGUGUUCUCUCUCA